AGGUGACGUCAGCAGCAGCGGGAGGGUGUAAAAUGGCGUCCGGAGACAAGCUGCGGGUUUCGGACUGGUUUUAACAGUGACGGCGGAACGAACCGACGGGAUUCUAACAGAAAGUGGCCAUGCUGUGAAUUGCUGGCUCCGCCCACUCUGUGAUGGCGGCGGAGCUUUUCUCCACCAGCCUUCCUCAUAAUGAGGAGGUGGAGGUUCUGGACGCAAAGAAGAGUUUCAUCCAGCUGAGCGAGGCAGAACUGUCAGCCGAGCGAGGUGACGAGCGCGACGGCGUUCAGGCAAACAACAACAAAGACUACAACAGCGAGGACGGAGAAAGCUGGCAGGCAGCACACCCCACCCUGAGAGAGAGGAACGCGCUGAUGUUCAACAACGAGCAGAUGGCCGACGUUCACUUCAUUGUUGGUCCUCCAGGAGAAACUCAGACUGUUCCGGCUCAUAAGUACGUCCUGGCGGUCGGCAGCUCCGUGUUUGGAGCCAUGUUCUAUGGAGAUCUGGCUGAGGGACAAUCUGUUAUCCACAUCCCGGAUGUGGAGCCGGCUGCUUUCCUCAUCCUAUUAAAGUACAUGUACAGCGAUGAGAUUGACCUGGAGGCUGACACUGUGCUCGCCACGCUCUACGCUGCUAAGAAGUACAUCGUCCUGGCGCUGGCGAAGGCGUGCGUCAGCUUCCUGGAGACGAGCCUGGAGGCGAGGAAUGCCUGCGUCCUUCUGUCUCAGAGCCGGCUGUUCGAGGAGCCGGACUUGACGCAGCGCUGCUGGGAGGUGAUCGACGCGCAGGCGGAGCUCGCUCUGCGGUCUGAAGGGUUCUGUGAGAUCGACCCGCCCACGCUGGAGAUCAUCCUGCAGAGAGAGACGCUGAACAGCCGCGAGCUCGUGGUGUUCCAGGCCGUGCUGAACUGGGCCGCGGCUGAGUGUCGGCGUCAGGGCCUGACCGUGACCCCCCGGAACCAGCGGACGGUUCUGGGGAAGGCUCUGUACCUGGUUCGGAUCCCCUCCAUGUCCCUUCAGGAGUUUGCAGAUGGGCCAGCGCAAUCGGACGUUCUGACCCUGAACGAGACGCACAACCUCUUCCUGUGGUUCACCGCCACCAACAAACCCAGACUAGACUUCCCAGCGGUGAAACGGGCUGGCCUGGUGCCACAGAGGUGCCACCGCUUCCAGUCCUCUGCUUACAGGAGCAACCAGUGGCGGUACAGGGGACGCUGCGACAGCAUCCAGUUUGCAGUUGACCGCAGGAUCUUCAUAGCGGGCCUGGGACUGUACGGGUCCAGCGGCGGGAAGGCGGAGUACAGCGUGAAGAUAGAACUGAAGAGGCAGGGAACCACCCUGGCCCAGAACCUCACCAAGUUCUUGUCAGACGGCUCGAGCAGCACCUUUCCCGUGUGGUUCGAACACCCGGUCCAAGUGGAGCAGGACACCUUCUACACGGUCAGCGCCGUUCUGGACGGGAACGAGCUGAGUUACUUCGGUCAGGAGGGGAUGACCGAGGUCCAGUGUGGGAAAGUGACCUUCCAGUUCCAGUGCUCAUCGGACAGCACCAAUGGAACGGGGGUGCAGGGGGGGCAGAUCCCAGAACUGGUGUUCUACUGCUGAACCAGGACUUGAAAGACUGAAUUACUCCAUAAACAGAGAGACAGAUCAACAUUGUGGUUCCAGUGCUAGUUCAUGUCUACAGUUAGAACCAGUUCUAACUGGUUAGUUUUUCCACAGAGCUGCGUCCUGGCGUCACUUUAACCUCUUCUCCAUUAAGCCUGUUUUUCUGCCUUCUGUCUGAAAUGACACUCAAAAUAAAUGAAGCUCUUCACAACUACAAGGGCUGUAUGUAAAAUCUGGGACUCUACAGAAAGCUGAGACAUGUGAGAUUACUAGAGAGGAGUCCGAGUCAAGAUACACGUUACUGUGUCAGAGUAAAUUCACCUGGAACGCAGCAGAAAGUAUAAAUGGUUAUCUCCUACAAUAAAACCACAUUACUUUCAAAACCAGAGGAUAGCAGCCCAAUUCAUCUAGGAAUUAGUGAUGCCUGACGAGGAAAUGCUAAAAUAAGCUAAAAUAAGUAGAACCUGAGCAGUUUUCCAGAUGUUUUAUUUGAGGUGUUACGCAGGUAAAUAUUUCAGGAAUCCAUUAGCUAGCUGAUGGUGAUCAACACCUCCAUCAGUGUUCUGUCAGGAGAGUCGAGGAAUAGCCCCCAAAUUCACCUUACAAACACCAUGAGGAUCAAGAAAUAAAUGAACCCUAAGAUGGUUUAUGACAGGAAGAGUGACUUCAAUAUUAAACCAACAUCUCCAUGGAAACUAGCAGGACCUUCAUGAUUCAUUUCAAACAAAGGCAGAGACAUAGAAGAACUUUUCACCACAAAACAGGUAAAAAUAAGACAUGAUUUCAUAUUGUGGCUGCUAGCUGGUUUGCUUGAAGUGGAGAAAUUAUCAGCUCUAAAGUGGGCAGAGCUGUUCUCAUGUUUUUCUUACAUUCCUAUAUAAUUGCUUGGGGUUUGAACUGUUUAGUUUGGAUAUCAAUGCUUGGUAGACCUGAGUUUUUCCCUUUCAUUUUGGUAUGUUACAUGUUAGGAUGGCUGCUUCCUAGUGUGUGCAAAGAUCUUGUGGACUGCAUGGAUCUCAUGCUGCCUCCUGUACUGGAGGGCCUCAAUAAGAAGAGGUUAUGGUGUCUGACAGGUGGAGCAGUUCUGAUGUUUACAGAUUAUUUAUCACCACAGAACAACCAGAGGCACACACACACAGAGGAUUUGUUCUGUUUCUGUGGGUCUGUAAACACAAAAGAUGAAAGAUGAGGGGCCAGAAUCUGGAAGCUGAAAGGAAGUCUGAGCUCAGGUUCUGCUUCUUCUUCUGUUCCAUGUUGCAGCUCGGGUUUUCUCUCGAAUCAGAUUCAUGGCUGCCACAAUGUUUCUGAGUCUGCUUGGUCUCCUUGGCCCCGUCCCCAUAACCUGACAUCAGCAAUACUUUAGUCUGGAACAGCAAAGACCAAACUUUGGAGGUCCAAACAGAACAGGGUCAGAGUUGGGCUCUGGAUCAGAACCAGUACUGGAACCGGUUUGUUGGACAUCAGAUUGAUCUGAAAGCUGAUUGGCUGAUUUGUUUGUUGGAAGAUAAUGCAGAUUAAAGUGUGCCUGACUGAAAA